GUGUGCACAGGUGUGGGUUUAAGGCUGCCUUGCUGUGUAGUCACUGAUCAGCGACGACAGAAAUCAAACAUUGUCUUAGCGUUUUAAUCACAGGUAAAUUCAAAAUUUGUUCAGUUUGUUCAUAAUGAACGGGACUGAAUUUCAGCUUCCUCUGACUGAAUAUGAUUUCGAGCGGCACUUCGAUGAGAGGGUUGCUAUUGAGUGGAUGCAAGAGAAUUGGAAAAAGUCUUUCUUGUUUGGUGGAGUGUAUGUUGUAGUUGUGUUUGGAGGGCAGAACUUCAUGAAGGGAAGGGCGAGACUUGAUCUGCGUAGACUGUUGCUGUUGUGGUCUCUCAGUCUGGCCAUCUUCAGCAUCAUUGGAGCUGUGAGAACGGGAUGCUAUAUGUUGUACGUCCUCAGCACCAGCGGAUUUAAGCAGUCCGUUUGUGAUCAGAGCUUCUACAACGGUCCGAUAAGCAAGUUUUGGGCUUGUGCCUUUGUGCUGAGCAAAGCCCCAGAACUAGGGGACACCAUAUUCAUCGUCCUGCGCAAACAGCGGCUCAUCUUCCUCCACUGGUAUCAUCACAUCACUGUCCUGGUUUACUCCUGGUACUCCUACAAAGACCAAGUGGCCGGUGGGGGCUGGUUCAUGACCAUGAAUUACACCGUGCACGCCCUGAUGUACAGCUACUACGCUGCCCGAGCUGCAGGACUCCGUGUGCCAAAACCCUGCGCAAUCAUCAUCACUUCGUCACAGAUUGCCCAGAUGGCUAUGGGGUUGGCAGUAAGCGUGCUGGUGUACCGGUGGAUGCAGGACGGGGAUUGCCCCUCUUAUGUAGAUAACAUCGUGUGGGCUUCACUCAUGUAUCUCAGCUAUCUGCUCCUCUUCUCCUCUUUCUUUUAUCAAGCUUACGUGAAGGGUUCCAAACCCACGGGCAUCAAAACUGACUAAGACCGAUUGGAGAAUUAUAAUAUUAUUUUACUGAUGAUCUUUACCCUUGUUAGUAUUUCGUUGCUGUUUGUUUUAAAUAACCGCUGUUGUAGUCUGCGAUCACAUGCUAUUUUAGUAUAAGCUGCAGUAUGGCCGAGAGGAGCUGACAAACGUUUUGGGGGUUUAUUUAUAAUCCUUAAAGUUUUGCAUGACUGCUCCUUUCUAACAAGUUAACAUGUUUGUUGACGUUUUAGCAGAUUGGAACGUAUAGAAUGCGUCUCGGCGAUGUUAAUGUUUGUGCCAAGAUUCGUGUGUACGUGCCGUUGCAUGUGUGCGCUUGUGGUUUGAGAACAAGUAAUUUUGCAAAGAUUACACUUUCUACUUCACGUCUUUCACUGGGUCAUGGUA